GCAGCAGACAGCCACCCUCCGAGCUAAGCCCCAUGGCCCGCGCCGCGAUCGCCGCCUCCCCCUGCGCCCCGCGCUUCCUCCGCGCUGCGCUGCUGCUCCUGCUUCUAGUGGCCGCUGGCCGGCGCACAGCAGGGGCCCCCGUGGGCGGCGAACUGCGCUGCCAGUGCCUGCAGACGGUGCAAGGAAUUCACCUCAAGAACAUCCAGGACCUGAAGGUGACGUCCCCGGGACCCCACUGUGACCAAACGGAAGUCAUAGCCACUCUCAAGAAUGGUCAGGAAGUUUGUCUCAACCCCUCAGCCCCCAUGGUGAAGAAAAUCAUCGAGAAGAUGCUAAACAAGAGCAGUGCCAACUGAUGUAGAGAGAUGGAGGAAACUUACUGGCUACUGCUGUAGCUUUAGCGGAAUCAAAGUGAAAGAAGAGAAGCAAAUAGCCCCUGGGGCCACCUGGACUGUGUUUCAUGCAUUUGGCUACUUCUUAUGAGAUUUCUUCUAUUUAUUUAUAUGUGUAUUUAUUUAUUUAUUUUUCAAAGCUUGUAUAUUUAAUGUGCUAUCUAAUAUUUAAAGAUAUGAAUGUGUUUGGCAGGUCUCUGUAUUGCUAUUUCGAAAGGUCAUUUUUAUGUUGAAUCAAAGUUAGUCCAGUCUUGACUAGUAUUUAAUUUGAAGGUUGUGUCUCUUAAGUGCUCAUCAUUCAUUAAACUAGUUUUUGGGUUGUCAGGAUAGCACGCUGUACCAUCCACUGUGAUAAAAGCUGGAGACCCUGGUGGGGGAUCCAGGCAAACAGGUCACUGUUAGGGUAGGGGGGGUUGUAUGUGUGCAUUUAUACUGAAGAGAAGAUUGUCGGUUGUUAUUUAUUGAGACAGUUUCACAGACUGUGGUAAACAUUUCUGAUGUUGAAGUUUUAAAAACGACAAUGUUCUAAAUAUCCCUUGGACAUUUUAUGUCUUCCUUGUAAGGCAUAAUGCCUUGUUUAGAGUUAAUUACACUGUGUUUCCGCUCUGUCCUGAAAUAGAGAGGUUUGGAUAUUUAUUGAUGUAAUUUUACAAAUAACAUGAAAAUAAAACUUUUUCCAAAAA